CCCGCCCCCACUUCUGCCGCCGAACAGGAACUGGGAAGAGAAGCAGCAGCUCUUAACUUUGUCGUCCCUGCCUUUUCCACCUCAGCACAAGUCGACGGGGCUUUGUUUUUAURUUCUAGAAAACACCGAAAGUAAAGGCACUGAAAGAGUCGCUUCGAAGCAGGAUAUAACACACAAGAAGGAAAAAGAAGGAAGGAAGGUAGGUAGGGUCUUCUGUAGCAUCAUGAUGAAGGAGUGAGCACAGGAGCAGAGAUGGCAGAGCUGGAGAUAGACCAGACCAACCUCCCACCUGUCAGAGAAGUUUGCCAGAGUUUUGCCGUGCUGGAAGAUGGCGUGUUGGCAAACAGCCUGCAAGAGCAGGAGAUUGAGCAAUACUAUACCACCAAUAUUCUGAAGAACCAGCUGGUGCAGAAUGACAUCCGUGUGGCCAAGAGGCUACAGGAUGAGGAGGAGCAACAGGUGCAGCAAAGCAUCCUCCACAAACAGGCCUCCAGACAAAUAGAAGAGCAGGACUUUGAGUAUGCUCGCUUGAUUCAAGAAGAGCUCGAGCGAUCAGCUGAGGAGGCUGUCAGGAGAGAGCAGGAUGACGAGGAAAUGGCCAAACAACUGCAGGAAGAGGAGGAGCAAAGGAGCAGAGAGCAGGACUCUUUGAGUGAAGGCAGCACCAGUGACCCUGCUCUGCCAUCCCCUCACCAGCACACUGUCAACAAGCCUCACCAAGGGGAGGAGCAGUACUCAUCUACUGCCACUAGGCGGCAGUGUUCUACCUCUCAGAAUGGCUCAGAGGUAACUGGGCCUCAGGCCAGCUCUCCCAGGAGGGCAGCAGCUCAGAGAAACACAACUUCAUGGUCAAAUCAAGGAUGUGUAGAUUCCAGCAGGCAAAUGAGGAGUGAAAUGAGAGAGCCAGUAAAUGAGGAUUCAGACGACUCCGACACAGUUUUUAACCAGCAGCUCGCUUUUUGGUGCCGGAGGUUGUAUGGUAGAUCGAACAGGACAGCUCAUCAACAGCCAGCGCCGUCUCAACAGCAGCAUGAGAGGAAUCGCAGACGUUUUUCCUCUCGCAGAAGCCUCCCAGAUGAGUUCAACAGCUGGCAGGAGGAGGAGACGGAGAACUUGGACGAGCACCGCUAUGAAAAUGAUGACUUCCAAAACAGAACAGCUAGGAGGGAGGCUGAGGAGAGAAACCACAGAGAUGGGAGUUUGCUCCGGAGCAGGGAGCAGGAGACAGACUGCAGGUCGUCUGAGGUUCGAGCAAGGUGGUGUCGUCGUAGUGAAUCGGUCAGGUCACCCGACAGAGGUAGACGGAGAGACCUGUCGAGGACCUGGAGUUACAAAGACAGCUCUGACAAACAUGUCCGUUUUCAGGAUGAUGACAGACGGCGCAGGCAGCAGAGCGAGAACAACCAGGUGUGGGAGAUGCUCGGCCGGAUACUCAAAGAGCGUGGUGUGCCCGUGAGGUUCGGUGGCAGCGGGGCGCCGCUGCAGAUAGGACCUCAAAGCAGAGACAGCGAGGUGCUUCACAGAAGUCAGGUCUCCUAUCGUGACUCCCAACCACAUCAGAGGGCCUUCCAGAGAGCCGCCAUCACCAGGCACAGUUUCCAUGGAGAUAUCAGAGAGAGGAGGAGACUGUCACACCAGGAGAACAGUGGGAGAGAUCACAGAGAGGUCCAAGACAGGCCCCGUGAUGAUAAAGAGCUGAAUGAGAUUAAUAGAGGAGAUCCUGUUAACAGAGAAAGACCAGGCAGCAGGAGGGGGAAGGAGCACAAAUACACAAACGCUCAUGAGAACGGAGAGAGAAACCCGAGCCGUAGCAGAGUCAGGAGGACGGCGAGUGAACGUGGGCACUGGCACAGGAUCACAGAAGAAAGGUGGAGCUCUGAGGAGGAGCAGGAGGCGGAGAGGAGAGGAGAGCGUCCUAGACGAAGAGCCCUGCAGCGUAGCCAAAGCUUCAGCAGCAGAAGGGCUUCAACCCAGCACAGGUUGAGCCGCGAGGCCGCAGGGGCUUCGCUUGAACCUGAACCAAGAGAGGCAAGCCUGAAUCUGGGGGAGCUGCAGCAGGUCUUAUUAGACGAGGAAUUGGCUCGUAAGCUUCAGCAGGAAGAGGAAAAGCUGUUAAGAAGGGUGUCCCAAUCCUCGUCACGUGGCUCUUAUCCAGAAGGGGACUUCAGAGUAGCACAAGUAGCACAAGAUGAGGAAAUUGCACGCUUUAUGCAGAAGCAGGAAAUUAAGUCCAAGCGUCGAUCUCGUGAGCUGGAAGGUCCAGCCUCUUGGCAAGAACACCGAGCAAUGAUCAGUCAUCACGACAGACGAGCUACCAGAGAGAGACAGGUUCAACGAGAGCGACUGGACUCCGAAGGCCUUCCUUCACCCACUGACGACUGCUUCCCAGAGAACCAGCCUCCCAGUCCCAUCACCACCAUACCAAAAGCUGAGCCCACGAGAAAUGUUGCAGAAGAUUUGGACCCAACUUUCCAGGCCAGGAGGCAGGACUCAGAGAGCUUCCGAGAAGGACCAACGGGUCCAGCCAGUGGGUCACAUCCCAAGGCUCAGUCGGGCUUACACGACUUCCUCGAGGAAACCACAUUCAUCCCUCCAACAAAGAGGCAGCCAGACAAACCAGGGAGGAGUAAACCCAAAGAGAAGAAAGAGGGCUGCAAGCAACARUAGUGUUCAACACACUGCUGUUUGUUGGAGUUUAUAUGUUUUUACUAAACUUAUUAGUCCAACUARUUCUCAUUAUUGCUAUAUUAUGACUAAUUGAAGGACACACCCCAGCUGGCACUUUGAUAAGGACACAUUUUAAUGAACUUGAUGAAGAAUUAUGCUAACAUGUUGGACUCACCUGUAGGAUUUCCAGAAGGUAAUUUAGUUCUUUCACACUUACAGGUUAUGUUUAGAUGUCCUUUCUGCUGCAGAAACACUAAAUGUAUCAGUUCAGUCUUGUAUCAUGUGCAGGUUUAUUCUAAAACGUCGGUUAUAAAUGUGUGUCUCUGUGUCUCCCCUCCUCUCACCUGUUGACAGCUGAGACCCCCUUCCUCUACACCCUGAACACAACAAGGCAGUCUGACACACAGAGACAAAACCAGAUUUCAUCUUAGCUGAGAGAGUUAACAGGACUCUAUCAGAAACACUGAACUGUUUUCUGUCAAGCUUUGCCAACUUUGUUUCUGAGCAGUUUGUCCUGUUUUCAGUUUACAGUUGUACAAAGACAAUCAAAUGAUGUUAUUUCCCUGUUCAACACACUGUUCUGGUUAAAAAGGUGUAUAUUUACCUGCAUAGUCUUUAUUGUAAAGCUCUGUAAUAUUACUACAUAGGUAUACCAGAUAAGAUUAGAAAAGCCAUUCUUGCCCUUUUGUAAGAGUCAAAGAUCCCAGCUCACAGCUCCACUGCUAGCUGCUACUGCAAGGUUAACUACUUUUACAUUUGUUGAAAUAUGACACCAAAGACCAGCACUGAGCUGUCAGCCUGGAUCCAGUUAUACCAGAUAGGAAUAUUUAUACAAAACACUAAGUACUCCCAGUAGUAAAUGACGCUUGAUUUUAAUUUGCAUGUUAAUGUUUUUUUUUUGUUUUUUUUGUUUAGUCUGUUAUUAUUUCUGUUAUUACAUGUUUUGUAUAUUUCUUCAGUGCUCAUCUGGACCACAGUGUAUGAAGACAUGCUGCAUGAAAACACAGCAAAUAACAAAAAUACUAUUUAUUGAGUUCAUUACAAAUAAAAAAUAUGUACAUUGUAAAA